UUUAAUUCAUUCACUUCUCUUUCUCUCCUCUCCCACCAAAACAACAAAAACAUAAACAAAAACAAAAACAAAAGAAGCAUAUAGCAAAAUGUGUUCUUCUAAGUCCAAACUGCAACGCAGCAACACUACUGUUUCUGAUAUCAAUGGCAGGCCGGUUCUUCAACCGGCCUCCAACCGCGUAGUCUCUCCCUUAGACCGCCGUGAUCCGCUUAAGAAGUCUUCUUCUUUCCCAAAGUCAUUUUCUCCGCAAAUUCAACUUUUGUCAUCACCAAAUAGUACUACUACUAUUGGUACUAAUACUAAAGUUAAGCCCGUGACACCUCCAAUAUCUCCCAAGCUAAAGGCAGCCAAGAGAGGGAAUGACCCUUUGACAUCUAGUUCUGAAAAGGUGGUGACACCAAGGAACACUGCUAAAGCUGCCACGACACCGGUGAAGAAGUCAAAGAAUUGUGGUGGUGGUGGAGGUGGAGGUGUGGUGGAGAUUUCUGCAUUGAAGUUUCCUUCAUCUGUGAUAGUGGAGGCCCCCGGAAGUAUUGCAGCAGCGAGGAGAGAACAGGUGGCGAUUAUGCAAGUGCAGAGGAAGAUGAAGAUUGCUCACUAUGGAAGAACUAAGUCUGGUAAAUUUGAAGGCAUGGUGGUGCCUCUUGACUGUACUGCAACUGUUAGAGAGGAGAAGAGAUGCAGUUUUAUCACAAGUAAUUCAGAUCCUAUCUAUGUUGCUUACCAUGAUGAGGAAUGGGGAGUCCCUGUCCAUGGUGACAACCUGCUAUUUGAAUUGCUAGUAUUGACCGGUGCUCAAGUUGGAUCAGAUUGGACUUCAGUCUUGAAGAAACGACAAAUUUUCAGGGAUGCCUUCUCGGGAUUUGAUGCAGAAACAGUUUCAAAGUUUCCUGAAAAGAAGAUUUCUUCCAUCAGUGCUGAUUAUGGCAUAGAAUUAAGCCUAAUCCGCGGCGUUGUUGACAAUGCUAACCGUAUUCUUGAGAUCAAGAAGGGAUUCGGAUCAUUUGAAAAGUAUCUGUGGGGAUUUGUGAAUCACAAGCCCCUUGCCACCCAAUACAAGUCAUGCCACAAGAUCCCUGUGAAGACUUCCAAAUCAGAGUCCAUGAGCAAAGAUAUGGUGAGAAGAGGUUUCCGGUUCGUGGGCCCCACCGUCAUGCACUCGUUCAUGCAAGCGGCCGGCCUCACCAAUGACCACCUGAUCACCUGUCCGCGACACGUGAAGUGUCUUGUGUCGGCAUCUCCGCUUGUUACUGUAAGCCCCGCUCUAUAAAAAAAUGACAGACAUGACAUGACAAGAUCAUAUGGUUUGACAAGAAAAAGAAUUAAUAAGCCAAUAUACAAAGUAUGACCCAACUUCUAACUACACAAUUUAGGUUUUGGAUUGAUUUAGUGGUGUGCAUAGUUAAUAGACAUAAGUUGUUGUAAGUUUUUAAAUCAAUGGCAGUGAUUAGCUGAGGUGGGUUAGGAAUAAAAGUUGUUGGUGUGUGUGUUGUUUGUGUGUGGGGACACAGAGCAUGUGCAGGGUGGGCAGAGGAAAGGCAGGGCAUGUGCUUGGUGAGCCUAUGACUUUCACAACUUGUGACCACCACAUCUCCUCCAUUAUUUGCUUUGCUUUGCUCUUUUAACAGGCUGUACAUGAAGUAAAAAAAAUGCUUCAAUGCUCUAUGGUGGCAAGGAAUUUGUCAGAUUUGGACUCAGACUCAUAAUCAAAAUCAGACUCGGGCAUCUCUUUUCCAUAGCUCUAACCUUUGAUUUUAGGGGGAAGGUUACAGAGUCUUGUGUAUUUGUGUAUCAUAUGUUAGUGUGGAGUGUUUGAGUGCUUCUAAUUAUUGUAUUGAUUGUACUAUUAUGGGUGGAUAUGCAAUGUUUGCUCAAAAUAUGUACACAUUUUUUUUCCACUUGUUUUGGACAUGAAUUUCUAAUGCUAGUUGCAUAAGUUAAGCAUCUUGUC